AUGAUAGACGACACGAAUGCGAGAGAAGAAGCGCCACAGACGCAAUCAGAGCAACGUGCUAAGAUCAUGCGCCGGAAUUCACGUGUGACGGUAGAUCAGCUCUUACGCGAAGCUUUUGCUCGUAUUGACGUUGAUAUGGACGGUAUUGUGAAUGUACUUGAUAUCCAGCGUGGUUUAUGCGUAGCUGGCGUGAAAUUAUCAGCAGAAGAUGCUGGUCAACUUAUGAAACGUCUAGAUCCAAAGAAUCAAGGCCAGCUUAGCUAUGAGGACUUUCAUGCAUUGCAUGAGGCGUUCAUCCUACAGACUUUUCGCUCAUUUGAUAAGGAAAACAAAGGUUAUCUUGUGGAUGAAGACCUCCAGGAUGGACUGAAGGCUUUAGGCGUUACUGUCACGCUCGAGGAGGCCACGAGAAUGAUCCAACAGCUGCAUCCGCGUGACGCACACUGUGUACACGAGGCUGACUUUAAGCACCUGUAUUUGCUGUUACGUUCCAAAAUGGCGUCACCUACUGCACUUGAGCACUUCCUGUGGGAUCCAGAUGUCCGUGAGCUGUCUAAGAAUUGGUGGAAAGCUAGCGUUGAAGUGGGCGAGGGUGGUCUCCGUGCCCCGCUUCCUAUCGGCAAGGACGGUAAAGUGAAGAAAGUGUCGCCCGGCAUCAAGUUUUUUGGUGGCGCGCUUUCUGGUGUCAUUGAGGCUGUGAUCCUCACGCCGCUAGAUGUGGCAAAGACACGCAUGCAACUUGACAAGACGGGACAAUACCGUGGCAUGCUUGACUGUGGUAAGAAGCUUUUUGCAGCUGAAGGACCCAAGGGGCUGUUCAAAGGCUUUACGCCGUGGACAGUGCAUGUUGUGCUCAAGAAUGGCACGCGGUUUUACUUCAAUGCUGUGUUUCGACGCUUGUUAGCGGACCAAAACGGCCAGGUGAGCGGCGCCAAUGAAUUCAUUGCUGGUGCGCUUGCUGGUGCCACAGAGGCCGUGCUCAUUGUCACUCCGUUUGAAGUUAUCAAGACGCGUCUGCAAGGCCAGAAUAUUGUCAAAGGGGAAAUACCCAAGUACCGUGGCCCUGUGCACACUGCCACUCGAAUUGUUAAGCUUGAGGGUCCGCUUGCGCUGUGGAAGGGUUUGGCGCCAACAAUUGGUCGCCAGGGUCUCAAUCAGGCCUGCAGCUUUUGGUCUAAUAAUUUCAUCAAGAAGUACGUGUGGAAACUCCAAGACGGCGACUCGCUACCGGCAUGGAAGAGUGGCCUUACAGGAAUGAUCGGUGCCAUUCCCGGUCCGUGCAUCAAUUGUCCCAUGGAUGUGGUCAAGACGCGUCUCAUGGCACAGGAGGCUGCUGCAGGUGCUGGCAAGUACAAGGGUAUGGCGAAUGCCAUGGUCAUGAUUGCCAAGGAGGAGGGCGUUACCGCGUUGUACAAGGGUCUUGUGCCACGUCUUACUCGUCUGUGUCCGUCGUACGGUAUUCAGUGGCUCGUUAUGGACAAGGUGACGGAGCACUUCUCCAAAAUUUAA